AUGUCAAGUCCUACUAGAAUCUUAAAUUACCAUCUGUGUGGAGCGCAUUCACUUCCAUAUCCUAGCUGCAACCGUGUGGCACCGGACACCAUAAGGAGCAUCUUAAACUACCAUCCAUGUGGAGCGCAUCCACUUCCAUAUCCUAGCUGCAACCAUGUGGCACCGGACACCAUAAGGAGCAUCUUAAACUACCAUCCGUGUGGAGCGCAUCCACUUCCAUAUCCUAGCUGUAACCGUGUGGCACCGGACACCAUAAGGAGCAUCUUAAACUACCAUCCGUGUGGAGCGCAUCCACUUCCAUAUCCUAGCUGUAACCGUGUGGCACCGGACACCAUAAGGAGCAUCUUAAACUACCAUCCGUGUGGAGCGCAUCCACUUCCAUAUCCUAGCUGCAACCGUGUGGCACCUGACACCAUAAGGAGCAUCUUAAACUACCAUCCAUGUGGAGCGCAUCCACUUCCAUAUCCUAGCUGUAACCGUGUGGCACCGGACACCAUAAGGAGCAUCUUAAACUACCAUCCAUGUGGAGCGCAUCCACUUCCAUAUCCUAGCUGCAACCGUGUGGCACCGGACACCAUAAGGAGCAUCUUAAACUACCAUCCAUGUGGAGCGCAUCCACUUCCAUAUCCUAGCUGCAACCGUGUGGCACCGGACACCAUAAGGAGCAACUUAAACUAA